CAAAGGUAAGACCCAAUCAUCUUCAAUUGCUACUUAGGCUCUCAGUGAGCGGUUGUGCUUCUGAAUGCACCCAUUGCUAGACACUCUAUGCUGAGCGCACACGUGCAUCCGUAUAGUUUCUCUUGGCGUCUAUUUCGUGCUAGUUCCUAUAUCUUCUCGACCGUUUCACGAAGCCGUGUCCUGCACGGUGUGGCAUUUCACUGGAAUCGUGCUAUUCAAUAAAAAAUUGUCAGCAAUCAAUCAUCGAAAAUGAGUGACAAUCCACCGAGAUCAACAAUGGAGAUAUUCUUUUAGAAACGAAUAGUUCGGAAUUAUCAACAGUAUUAUCAACAGGAUCUGAUGCAUUUAAUGAUAGUUCUUUUGAAAAUGAGAACAAUAUAAAUCUUAAUAAUAAUUAUAAUGAUGUUAAUGAUGAAGUACAUUUUGAAGAUGAGGACAGCGACAGUGAUGGAAUUGGUGAAAUGGAUAAUGUUGUUAAUAUAAACAGAUGUAGUGAUUAUGAAGAUAAUGACCUAAUGAUUCAAUUUGAAAAUGAUGAACAGAGAGGUUUUUAUGCUUUAAGAACAUUAAGAGAGUGGGCCCUGCAAGGAGGUGUGUUAUCCAUGAAAAUGUUACAAAAUUUACUUAUUAGAUUGAGAGUAUUGUUUCCUGUUUUACCUAAAAGCUACAAAACUUUACUCGAAACACCUUCACACUUAGGUGUUCAGCAGUUACCUGAUGGGUCGCAACUGUGGUAUAAAGGUAUAAAAGAAAACCUCGAUAACAUGCUUCUUGCUGAAUAUUUAAAUGUUUACAAUUCAAUUAUUAUCGAUGUAAAUAUGGAUGGCCUUCCACUGUCUAAAAGUUCUAAAUUAAAAUUUUGGCCGAUUUUAGGUUAUUUGGUAAAUACAGAAAAUGAACCUUUUAUUAUUUGUUUGUAUUUCGGUGAUCAUGAUCCUGCUGAUUUGAAUUCUUAUCUGCACGAAUUUGUCAAUGAAUUGGAGGAUUUAUUGGAAAAUGGGUAUGUUUGGAAUGACUACACAUACUCGUUCAGAAUACGAAAUUAUAUUCUUGAUGCACCAGCUCGCUCAUUGGUGAAAUGCUGCGUUGGUCAUGGAGGUUAUGGAGCUUGUGAAAAGUGCACCUGUGUUGAGAGAAUACAUACAGGAAUGGUUUCCCAAUUUAGAUUGGAUCCGUUUCAUUUAGUCUGGCAUGGAGUCUUCAGACGAUUAUUGAUGACAUGGAUGAAAUGGAAUGGACCAUGGAAACUUAACAAGCUUGCCAGGAAAAAAUAUUUCUGACAAUCUGAUUUUUUUAAAGGAUUUCUGUCCAAGUGAUUUUUGCAGACCACCGAGAUCAAUUAAUGACUGGAAGAUGUACAAAGGUACAGAAGAAAGGCGAUUGUGCCUUUAUGAUGGACUCCUAGUAUUUCGUAAUAAAUUGCAGGAAAAUGUUUACAAAAACUAUCUCUUACUUCAUGCUGCUCUAUAUAUUCUCUCUAGUCCUUUGCAUUUCAAUGUACUUAAUGACUUUGCUAAUGAAUUACUCAGAACCUUCAUUCAGCAUUCUAUUAAUUUAUAUGGAAAACGUUUUGUGGUGUAUAACGUUCACUCACUCUGUCAUUUGGCUGAAGAAUGUGCAGAACACGGACCUCUGGAGAAUUUCAGCUCUUUCAAAUUUGAAAAUCGUUUAAAAUCAAUCAAAAGUAGCCUGAAAUCUGGAUAUAAACCACUACAACAAGUUGCACUACGAGAUUUGGAGCGAACCAGAAGAGUAGAAAUUAAAUUAAAAGCUAAAGAAAAAAUUGUUUACCUUUUUUAUAGACAUGAAGAUGCAGAAGAACAAUUACCAGGAAUAUAUUUUCAAUGUCUUUCUAUUGAUGAUGUGGUUUUCCGAACUAAUAUAAAGGACUCUUGCUUCUGCACAACAGAUGGAAAUGUUUAUAUGUUGAAGAAUAUUAUACAGCAAGAGAGAAGAGUGAUGCUUGUUUGUAACAAGUUUCAGAAAAUGGAAGAUUUCUAUACAUAUCCUUUGCCAUCAUCUAGACUAGGCAUUGUUACAGUUUCAGAAAUAGACGAAGAAAGGCUUGUUGUGCCAUUGCAGAGUGUUCACGCUAAAUGUUGGUUAAUGCCUUAUUCUGAUGAUUACUCUUUUUCAUGUGUUCCUCUUCUCCACACAAUGCUAUUGUUUUUAUAAUAUUUAAUAUUUUCAGCUAAGUUUGUGGUCGUGAAGUUCUUACCUACCGAUGGUGACGAAGAUGAAUAUUACGAGGUAGCUCUCUCAAAAUGGAUUCAAGAUUUAGAUGAAAAUAUGAUCGGGAAUAUACUCUGGCCAGGAGAUAAUUCUGCAGCAGGAAUGUUAGUUCGAACUCAAGCAAACGCGCAAUCAAAUUGGUCCACUUAUAUAGUGGAAGUUAAAAGAUACUAUGAUACAUACUUUAAUGCACGAAAAGGAUUGACAGGAAUAAUGGAAUAUGCCUCAGCCUAUGAGACUGAUACUGGAAAAGAAAUGAGAAAAGGAAAAAGGAAGAAAAAAGUUAAACAAAUUUCAUCUUCAUCAGAUGAGUCUGAUCAGUGUAUAGAAAAUCAAUCUAAGAAAAAAAAGUCAAGCAUUCCUUCACCACCAGCAAUUCAUGUUCCUGAGGCUUCUAUUUCACUUAAUAAAAUUUCUGGUCAAAAGUGCAAAAAAUAUAUUAUUCAAAAUUCCUCAAACGUCAAAGAAUUGAAAGUUGCGAAACACUUAGGUAAACCAUCAGAAAAUAAUCGUGAGAAAUUGCUUGAAAAAAUUAUAAAUGAAAGGAAGAAGGCUAUGAAGAAUACUGAGGAGAAAAAUAAAGCUAUGUUACUCAGUGCAUCUUCAAAAGUUCUACAAUCAUCAUCACAAAAACAAUCUAAAUCUGAACUUGGCACCUCUUUUUCUGGACAUUAUAUGAAGAGUUCAUGUACAUUCAAAAAUGUGAAAUCUCCAGAGAAGACUCUAUCUAAUAAUCUCAGAGAACUAAAUAAUAAUGCUAAGACAAAGACCAAAGAAAUGGUCAAAAGCUUUAAAAACUCCACAUCUUCUGCAGUUUCCUCACAAACUUCAUUAUGUGCUUCGGAAGAUGAGUUUACAUUACUUCUUUCUGAAAAAGAACCAUUAAUUGUGAGCCCCUCAAAAGUGUCCAAUAUUUCAAAGCAAUCUGACGAUUCACCUAGAAGUCUACAAGAAUCUCCCUUGUUAAAUAUGGAAUUAAAGAAAAAGUGUAAGCAGAUAAACCCUUUGUUUCAGUCACCAGUGAAAGUUGAUACUUUGGUACCUGCACAGGAAGAGCGUAGCCCACUUUCCUCUAAAGAAAAUUUAUAUCCACCUGUUCGUAAUUUGUUAAAUCUUAGUGCAGAUGCAAACGAAUCUGUAGAGAAAAAUGACAUUCCAAAAAAUCCGUCAAUAUUGUCUAGACCAUAUUUAAGGAAUAAGAGACUGAAACAAUGUCGACUUAACAUUAAAGCUGACAGAGUAAACGGCUGGGAUUGCUGGGAAUGCAGAAAUUAUUAUAACAAUUUAUUAUUGUCGAAAGAAGAAUUACAAAAACGGAAGAAUCAAUGCUCGCGACAUCGACAUAAACAUAAGCGACCAAAUACACCAGAAGAUAAUGAACGUUUUAUAAAAUUUGAAAAAAAUUUGGAAAACAUUAGUAGCAAGCUUGAUGUUGUUAUUAUGAAUCAAGCAAACUUAAAUAGAAGUCUGCUUCCAAAACAAGCUGUCAUCAAUAGACCUUCAAAUUUACCUUCUCUGCCUCUGAGUAAUAUGAAAAGUCUUAAAGAGUUUGAGAAAUUUUUAUCACAAGAUGUAAAUCUUUCAGCAGCGUGCUACUAUUUAAAGAGUUUGGCUUUGGGGACUAAUGAGAAAAUUGCAACGUCAAAACUUAUGACCAAAUUGAUGACCAAUUCUUUAGCUAUACACUUUAAUUUUGAUGGUCAUAAUUCUCAGAAUACUACGAAAAUUAAAAGACCCUUUAAAGAGCUGAAACUGUAGGAAUUAUUUCAAGGAGUGAUGCUAUUAAAAUUUCCGGAUAGUGAUUUAUCAGAAGCUUUAAAUGCAAUUAGAAGUUGGCUACGAAAUGCUGCUGGGCGUAAACACGAUUAAAAUGGAAAAUUUUAUGAUUUUUAAAAAUGUGCAAUUUGUAAAGCCUUAUGUUAUUGGUUCUCUUUUUUAUUUUAUUGCACUAGAGCAACUAUAUAAAAGUUAAAUGCGACUAUUUGUUAUUACUUUUUUAAAC